ACCACCAGUAUGGUUCAGCUGACAAGCUGAAGGUGAAUUGUUAGACAACCGGCAAAGGGGGGCACGAUGGUAUAUGUUCAGAUCGUAUUCAUUCAGGAUGAUAUGUCUGAGACGCUCAGCUUGGUUGCCCCUGUCUAUAAGGGCCCUGAAUCAGCAAUUGUUUCUUUAAAGCCAGCAUGAUGGAGCCACCCCAUACAGAUGAGGAAUAUGUUCUCCCACCUCUCCUACGGCUUCCGCCCGAGCUACGGACAAUGAUAUACGAAUAUGCACUGUCCAGUCCAGAUGGCUACCUUCAUUAUCGGGAGUCUCAGUCCAAUGACCUAUCUCCGCCGAAGCCUGUAUUUUGUGUUUUAGAUUCCAACAACUCGUCCAAGACACCAUCAAAACGCGCCAUACCCGACGAAUUCAAUCAGCUCAAAUAUGUCAACCGGAAACUCUACCAAGAGACAGCCGGAACCGAAGUGAGGUAUAACACACUUGUGUUUGAGAGCUUUGAAACACGGAGAGGACUAGAGCUCUCAGGGUGCCGUAACCUGUGUAGUUUCCUCAACAGUUGUGCCAGGAAGGAUUGGCUCAAGGAUAUCGAGAUCCGAGCCACGGUGUUUCCCAUACGGAACUACGGGAUGCUCGUGGAUACUCUCUCUGACCUGUCGAGGAGCCAUUCCACCAUCGUGAGUCUUUCCACCUCCAACCCCGGGGUUACCAUCCGGUACGCUUAACACGAUUGACAUGCGGUCUGCCGUAUUCUCCCCUUGAGUCGUAAACAUAUACCUUGAUUAAGGAAACUUCGGAGAUUUAUCCACCCUUGUUUAGCGUUCUCGAAUAUGGCCCAUCUCUGUGGUGGAAGAACUGUGAGUUUCCCUUCUUUCUCAAGGUACACAAGUCUUCGGUAGACAUAAAAGGGUGGAGAGCUAAGAGAGAGUUCAACGGAAGGCCAUUAGAGCAGCCGAUGCUUAUUGCAUGGAAGUU